AUGGCGGCGACACCGCCACACCCCUCCUCCCUGGACUCGCGGGCGUCCCCGGAAGUGGCCGGCCCGGCCUGCACGAACGGAAAUACCCGAGCCAAGCCGAAGGAGCUCGACCUCCAAGCCCCAGCGCGGAGCAACGUGGGGCGGUGGCGGCGGCUGCGCAAGCGCACAGCGCAGGCCGGCCGGGAAGAGCCGAAGCGGGCAGGCGACGGAAAUAGCCGAAGCGGUGGGGCGCCCGAGGCCGUUGCGGACCUCCGCGCCGAAGCCGCUGCUGCCACGGAAGCCGGCCCUCCUGUCUAG